AUGCGUAAGCCGAAAUUGGGGAUUCUGCGAUGCGAUGUCCAACACGUCGUCCUCGAGGACGUUGGAAAUGGCGCAUAUCGUCUCCGUCCUGACGGAGGCAUUGGCGUCCAUGAGGCUGUUCUUGGUCACCCGUACCACGUCGCUGAGGUGCGGCGAAAGUUCGUCCGCGAAGUACGUGAAGCAUUCUCCCAGCAGUUUGAAUCCCGAUUUUUUGUACAACGGGUUCUCAUCCUGGAUCAGCUCGAUGGUGCACCUGGUCAGCUCCGGCCACUCGUCCAGCUCCAGGCACGCAUCGCACAUGUCGGCGAUGGUGUCACAGGCGUUGCUCCUGAUGGAGUUUUGGGUCUCUCGUCGGAGGCACGCCAGCAACGACUUUUUCAGCACGUCCUUCGUUUCCGCCGAUACAGACUUCCACGUAUUCUUGGGCGCAUCCCCGGACUUAGACAGGUCGAGAAGCAGCCUGAGGAGGACCGCCGCCUGCAGCCUGAAGUCCUCAUUGGAAUCGGUGAUCAUCACAUUGAGCGUGAAUACGAGCGCGAGGUUUAUGUCCGCCCUCUUGAGCGCCAUGAUCUUGGCGUCAGCAUCAUUCCUUGCGGCUCUGUUGGUGGACGUAAGCGCCUCCAGAAGGGACUUGAAACCAUUCGCGUCCAAAUUCAUCGCCAUUUUUAG